AUGGAUCCCUCUUUCGAUUCCCGUGCGCAAUUCCCGUCGCAUAAUGAGCCUCGAGUAUGGGUGAUCACUGCGGGGGAUUCACCCAUCGGAAUCUCCGUCGCGCGGCAGGUCCUUGCGCACGGCGACUAUGCGUUCCUCGGACUGGCGCACACGGCUUUGGAGCGCGAUGAACGUCGUCGCAGGGAAUUCGACGCUUUCCUCGCUGAGGUGGAGGGGCAUCGCGCCGAAGGAUGGGAAAGGCGCAUGAAGACUGUUCCGUUGGAUAUCCGAAUGAUGGGUGAAUGUCAAGCGGUUAUCGCAGAUGCAGUCGCAACAUUCGGAAGGGUUGAUAUACUUCUAUGCUGUACAAGCCAAGCCCUCAUUGGAACAGUUGAGGAGCUUUCGGCUUCAACCCAAACCAUGAACCUCGUGCGAGACCAAUUCGAAAUCAACUAUUUCGGUCCCCUCAACAUCAUUAAGGCAGUACUUCCUUAUAUGCGAAGAGAGCGUUCGGGGCAUGUUAUGAUCUUAUCAGGAAUCACGGCGCAUAUCGGCACACCCGGACUCGGAAUGUAUUGCGCAGCAGGCUGGGCCCUCGAAGGAUUCUGCGAUAGUCUGGCAUACGAAAUCGCCCCAUUUAACGUCAAACUCACCAUCUUCCAAUGCAGCAUUGAAAUCGGCAUCCUCACGAACCUAGUCACGAGCGUUCCUCCAAUCUUUCCCGCCUAUUCUCCCGCCAACAACCAAGCCCCUCUCUUCCGCGGGAUUCUAAAUCACCUCGUUCCCCAGCUCCCCGACGCUGCCGGGUCCUAUGGAAGUCCAGCCUCGCCCAGUGCAACACGGGAUGAAAGUGCCCGAGUCAGCUCGAUUGAGAAUGGGCCAUUCUCCGCUCCAGAGGUUGUCUCUAUGCACCCGCCAUUAAGCUCUGCGCACCUUGAAGUACUUGUGUCAGAGACUGUAUAUGCUAUCACGUCGAUUGGUGGUCAUGAAAACCCGCCUUCGCGGCAUAUUGUUGGACAGGAAGGGGUUGCGAGUAUCAAAGAGAAACUCAAAACUGUUAGUGAGGAGUUAGAAGAUUUUAUACAGGCUAGCUUUGCUGUUGACGUUGGUGCGGACUCGGAUAUUAUGCCUGGGAUGAAUGAAGGGUCUUAG